AUGGAGCCCUAUGAUAUUGAUAUGCUUGACACCUGCCCCUCGUCCGAUCCUAAAGAUGAAGUGAUUGUUUCACCAAGGAAAUCAGGGGAAAGAGAGAAAAGAACAGCUUUUCUAAUGGAAAUCCUUUCAUGCAAAUGGAUAUCUGAACUGGAAAUUGAAGCUUACCGUCAAGUGGACGACGAGUUCACAAGGCCAAUGAAACAACUCAAAACCGAUAACUGGAGUUUCAUCCCACCAAAGGCUUCUUCUUCAUCUUCCCAUAUAAUCUCCUUCAACAACUCCAAUUCGCCUCCGGCUGUGUCUCAACAACAACACGGCCUUGACUGCGACGUCAAACCAAACAAUAAUGAGGUUUCAAAGAGGGUGAUGCGUUCAUUGACUAGGACUCCACUAAAUGCUCAAGAUCAUGUGAUUGCUGAAAGGAAACGCCGUGAAAAGCUCAGCCAGAGGUUCGUUUCACUUUCGGCACUCAUUCCUGGCCUCAAAAAGACGGAUAAGGCAUCGGUUCUUGGAGAUGCUAUCAAGUACCUGAAACAGCUUAAAGAGAAAGUGACAAUACUGGAGGAGCAAGCUGCUAAGAAAACGGUGGAAUCAGUGAUCUUCGUGAAGAAAACCCAGAUUUGUGUAGACGAUGAGACAUCUUCCUCCGAUGAGAAUUUUAAGAGCCAAUUUAACAAGCCAUUCCCUGAGAUCGAAGCAAGAGUUUCAGACAAAGAUGUGCUGAUUAGAAUCCACUGCGAGAACAGAAAAGGGUUCAUCUCCAACAUCAUAAACCAAGUCGAAAAGCUUCAUCUCUCUGAGCUCAAUACCAAAGUCUUGCCCUUCGGACAAGCCACUCUUGACAUAACCAUUGUUGCUCAGAUGGAAGCUGAGUUUUCAAUGACAGUGAAGGAUCUCGUGAAAACCCUACGAUUGGCUUUGCUAAAGUUCAUGUGAUCAGCAACUGCAAAAACCAUGCUCACAUUGAGAAAA